AUGGAUGAUACACCAUUACCAAACUAUACGGAUCCUAUUAACAUUUUAGCUGCUGUGUUCAUAUUUGUGAACGGAAUUAUGGGAACUGUCACAAAUUUGCUAAUUAUCUAUAUAUUCAUAAAAUCACCGACAGAGAGAACAUCGUUUAAUGUUAUUUGUGUUUUUCGAGGAAUUGGAAACACAAUAAUAUUAACAUGGGGAUUUUUGGCAACUUUUCUACCGAUUACACUAAUAGGGGCCUCUCCAUUCAGCCCAUUUUAUGAAACACUAGUUAUUGGAUUUUCAAAUAGUUUGUACUCUGGACUUCAGUAUACCGGAGUUUACAUUGCUUUAAACAGAUUUUGCGCUAUGUUUUUCCCUACAUACUAUCCAAAAAUAUUCGAUUUCAAAAUAACAUUUCUUAUAACAUUAUUAAUGUUUAUAUAUAGAUUUGUCAAAAUUAUUUUGGAGUUUUUUCAUUACAUCCCUUUGGAGUGUUGGAUGGUUUAUACAUCUUAUGAUCUUGCAUGGUCUCCGAAUAUGGGUGAACAAUGUAAAGAUGACGACAAUUCUUCAAAUAUCAAUACUUCUGCUAUAUUCCAAACCGUUUUAGUAAUAUUAAACGCAGCGAUAUUUGCUAAAAUAUAUUUCUUCUAUAAAUCGACAGAUCUUUCGACAAAGGGAAGAAAGCGGAAAUUGAAGAAGAACAAAGUUCUAUUUUUACAAACUAUGAUUCAGGAUAGUAUAACCUUAAUUGAUAUGAUCUUCACAUUUCGGCUGUCUCUGUUAAGUACAAAGAGAUUGUGGUCAUUUUUUUGUGGUACUGUAAUAUGGGAAUGUCUUCAUUCAAUUGAUGGGUUAAUCAUGGUUAUGUUCAAUGAAAGGCUCACAUUUCUGCAGAAAACUUUUUUUGCAUCUUCAACAAAUGCAUCAGUUGCAUCAAAAGAAAAAGGAACCGCCACAGUAACACCAAUGAAAGUUCCAUCUCCUGUCGUAUAGCCGUAUUUAAUAUUUUAAGUUUUGAAUUAUGUAGUUCUGCAUUAUUUAUGAAUUAUUU